AUGGAUGCCAGGAGGGACGGGGGUGAGUCUCGGGAUGGAGCCAAGCGCCGAGGCGUAUCGAUUGGGCCGCAAGCGAACCAGAUCCUGCAGCGUCUGUAUGAGCCAAAUCUAGGACCUGGCUCUGCUACAGAUGCCCGAGAUCUUCUGUCUCCAACGAAGCGUGCUGUCCCGACUAAAAGCAAUGCUGUUCUAAAGCCUAAAUUCCAGAGCCGAAUGAAGAAGAACGCGAGCGUAGUGACCUUCCUGAACGAUAUACCGUCACGAGCUCAAGCUGGAGUGCUGCCACCUUCAAUCUCUGCGUCGGGUAGCCCUUCUCUAUCAACGUCUGCCAGUAUGAUGAAUUUACCACCUGGAGUAAUGCAUCUUAGUCUCCAUAAGGCAUCUGAGAGGAUCAGAAACCUUCAAGAUAAGUCUCAUAUCUGCAGCACGACAAUGACCCGGACUCCGACACUAGCCGGUGAGGGGAACCAGAAGGGAGGAGAUUCAGGUCCAUACGCGUGUCUCUCGCCUGCGUCAAAGGCUGCGCAGCGUAAAGCGCUCGCAACGCAGUCGUCAUUUACAGCAUCUCUCAAUCUGGAUCCCAAAUAUCUGAAGGAAUUCAAAUCUGGCAACUUUUUGUAUCUUCGCAAAAAGAAAAACACCAAUCUCAUCAUGUACGCACUUGAAGUCGUGGAGCACUUUGAAGUGGAUCGCUCGAACUACUUCACGAUGAGUCUGGAAGGCGUGACGCACUUUACUACGGAACAUUCCGAAUUCUGGACGCUGGACAAGUGGGAGACGGAGCAUUCUCGUUUUAUGAAGAUGCUGGCGAUCCCCUUCUUCCAGAAGUAUAAAAUGUGGAAGAACUUCAACAUGUGGAAGACUUCGGUGCGUACAUUCAAAAUGCGCAACGCCAAGAAGGCUCUAAACGAGAGGCUCUUCCUCCUAGCGCCCAGCCUUCAGUCCACGUUGCUAGCUCUGCGUUCUCUCUGUCUGGACGUCACGAGACUGGACCUGAUCCAUUUCAGCAACCGACAAACGUAUUCACUGCGCGAUUUCGACUUGGAGCAGCAGAAAACGCGCGCUCAGGUCACUUACCAACUCGCGGGUUUCUCGGCCAACUUCUUAGUGGCCAACAAGAUCGCCGCCGACCACAAAAUGACCUUCAUGGAGCGAGCGGCGUUACGGAAGCAAUGCCGCACACUCACGAGUUUCCUGCGUCUGGUAGAUUUUCUAACCAUCGACGCAACUAUCCAACUCACCGUUCGGUCCUUCCAGCAACUUUACGCCAUUCUCGCAGCUGGGAAAGCGCAACUCACUGGAACGCCAGCACCUCCAGCACCGGUGACUCAGACGAACGGUAAAAAUCCAGGAAAAUCCGGUCAGGCGAGUGCAGCUCCGCCAUUCACUGCUAUCUUCGCGGUAUCUGUGGAGAUGGAUUCUGCCACUUCAGCUCUAAACGCCACACCGAACCACGACGCGUGGAACGGAGCCCUCCAACGAGCUCUGAAAGAAGCUUUGCGUAUGGUGGAGACGCCAGCGCGUCAUCUAGGACACGAAUCGCUGGCUCCGUACACUACCGCGAGUGCUGAAGACGAAGGCAAAGACGUGUGGUCGGUGGAGCAACUUAACGUGGCGUUGAUACUUAACGAAGACGCCAAGUUCAGUUUGCUGACGAACGACAUUUUCGUGGCGCUGGACGAGGCGUUCGAGGCUGUUGAGGAAUACAUGGACGUGUUCAGCCCCUUCCACCAGAUUUACGCCGAGAACGAAGGCCAGGUGACGCAUCUCAUGGAGACGUACGCGACUGCUCCCUUGGAUUUUUUCUCGGAAUCCGUCGAGAAGUACAGAUCCCAAAGUCAGUCGUUCACUGAGAUUCCGGACGCUGCGACUGUCGGGAUCUUCCGAGUGGAUUCUUCCGAGUUUAAGAGUCGACUGCUUCCGAAUCCUGAGAAGUGUAUCCUUGGAAUCCGAACUCUGAUCCCGAAACUGAUGAAGAAAACCAGCACCGAAUUACUCGAGACGUUGAACGAUUUGUCGCCCGUCGCGUUCUCCACGCCGUCCACACCUGAUGCGUUCGUGAAUAAAGUGGUGCAUAUGUCUAAAGUCAGUACCUUGCUCCCAGAUUUAAAAAGUAGAUACCGUCGCGUCUACGAGAUUGGCGUUCUGAUGGACAAUUACGACUGGCGUGUCCCGGAUGAUAUCAAAGAGGAUAUUAUCCUCAUGAAGGAAGGCGUGUUGAGUCUGGAGGGCACGGUGACUCGCUUCGAAGGGGAAAUUGACUCCGAGACAGCGCGCUUCUCUCAGAUUAUUCUGGAUAGUAUCUCGCCGUUGAACCGGAAUGCGCAGAUGUUACUAGAAAAACUGGAUCAUCCGAAGCUAUCAACGAUCAAAACGCCGAUGAAUGAGGCGCUGUCGUUCCUCCAAGCGCAGGAAGAUUCGCUCAACCAAAUUGUGGAAGAAUCCAAAAUGCUGGCCAUGUUCCAAACGCAAUUGAAGCAAAGCGUGAGUGAGUUUAGCGAAAUCAACGAAGUGGCGGCACAUUUCGAGCUCAAAAUGAAGCUCUGGAGUGGCCUGGACACGUGGCAGAAGCUCGCAGUCUCGUACUCAGACACAAUCUUCGACGAUAUCGACGUAGCGGCCAUCAGUAAACAGGUGCAGAUGUACGUAAAGGUGGCGUAUCAAGCGCAGAAGCAGCUGCCAGGCAACGAAGCUGCGGAUUUAUUGCAGCGAGAAGUGGAGAAAUUCAAGCUCGUCCUCCCCGUGGUGACCGAUUUACGCUCGUCGUCGCUAAAAGACCGACACUGGGAUCAAAUCCACGCUGCUUUGGGGUUCCAGAUGAAAGGAGAGAGUAGUAUGACGUUGGGUGGGCUAAUCAAGCGAAACGUGAUGAAACAUGGCGAGACUAUCAGCGCUGUGGCUGUAUCUGCCCAACAAGAAGCGGUGCUCGAAGAAAUGCUCAAGAAAGUCACGGAUGCGUGGGCUACGACCGAGUUUGAGGUCAAGCCGUACAAAGAAUCCAAGGAUGUGUUCGUGCUGGGCAGUGUGGAGGAGGUCACUGCGAAGUUGGAUGACUCGAUCGUGACGAUCAGUACCAUUAUGGGCUCUCGCUUUAUCGGUGCGAUUCAGGAGGAAGUGGAAGGCUGGAGGAAGAAGCUCGUUACUCUACAGGAGACACUGGACGAGUGGCUGCUGGUGCAGAAGAACUGGAUGUAUCUGGAGAAUAUCUUCUCGGCUCCAGAUAUUCAGAGACAGUUACCGGAUGCCUCAAAGAUUUUCAGUCACGUGGACGCGUCGUGGAAGACAAUUAUGCGUCGUACAAAUGAGAAUCCACACGUGUUGGCGUCGGGAACGUUCCCUGGGAUCAAAGAAACCUUGCAGCAGCACAAUGCGCAUUUGGAUAAAAUCCAGAAAAACCUCGAGGAUUAUCUCGAGACGAAGCGGAUGGCAUUUCCUAGAUUUUACUUUUUAUCCAACGACGAAUUGUUGGAAAUCCUCGCGCAGUCUAAAAAUCCACAAGCCGUGCAGCCACAUCUGCGCAAAUGCUUCGAGAAUCUAGUCAAACUGGAUUUUGGAGAUAUCCCCGGUAGUGUGGACAUGCUCGCCAUGUAUUCGUCCGAGAACGAGCGAGUUCCGCUCGGUAAAAACUUGAAAGCGCGAGGAAACGUCGAGGACUGGCUCAAGGCACUGGAAGUGAGUAUGAAGCAGUCCAUCUACAAGCUAAUGAAGGCUGGAUUACUCGACUACGACUCAAAGCAGCGCUCGGUGUGGGUCUGCGAUCAUCCUGGACAAGUUGUGGCUACGGUGGCUCAGAUGACGUGGGCGAGAAGCACUGAAGAAGCGCUUAAGAGUGAAAAUCCAGUGCAGGAGAUGCACGCGUGGUACAAACGCAAUCUGUACGAGCUGAACGAGCUUAUCGUGAAAAUCCGCGGAGAUCUCAGCUCUCUGGAGCGCAAAGUGAUCGUGGCGUUGGUGACGACUGACGUGCAUGCGCGCGACAUUGUGGAGAGUUUGUGGACCGAGAAAGUGGACUCGGUGGGGAAUUUUAUCUGGCAGCAGCAGCUUCGGUACUAUUGGGACGCCCAGGCGGACGAUGUGCUUAUCCGACAUUCGGAUUCUGUUAUCCAGUAUGGGUACGAGUAUAUGGGCGCUACGUCUCGUUUAGUGAUCACACCGCUUACGGAUCGCUGCUGGAUGACGCUCACGGGGGCGUACGGGAUGAAGCUGGGCGCUGCUCCUGCUGGACCUGCAGGGACCGGGAAAACCGAGAGUAGUAAAGACCUGGCCAAAGCGAUGGCCAUCCAGUGUGUCGUGUUUAACUGCAGUGACCAGAUCGACUAUAAAAUGAUGGGGAAGCUGUUCCGAGGCCUCGCUCAGGCCGGGAACUGGACGUGUCUGGACGAGUUUAACCGCAUUGACAUCGAAGUGUUAUCCGUGGUGGCACAGCAACUGCUUAUCCUGCGUGAAGGUCGUAUACAGGGUAAGGAGCACAUUAACUUCAUGGGCAUCGAGAUCUUACUUAAGGAUCACCACGUUAUCGUGACGAUGAAUCCUGGUUAUGCUGGUCGCACCGAGCUUCCGGAUAACCUUAAGGUGUGUUUCCGACCCGUAUCCAUGAUGGUACCGGAUUACGCGCUUAUCGCGGAAAUUAUGCUGUUUGCGGAGGGGUUCGGCGACGCUCGUACGCUGUCUCGUAAGAUGUGUAAGCUGUAUAUCCUCUGCAGUGAGCAGCUCUCUCAGCAGCCUCACUACGACUACGGGCUUCGAGCUGUCAAGUCCGUGCUGGUGAUGGCCGGGUCCCUUAAACGUGCUAAUCCUGACUUAAACGAGGACGUCACGCUUAUUCGCGCUCUCCGAGACAGCAACAUCCCCAAGUUCCUAGCAGACGAUCUGCCGCUCUUCCACGCUAUCGUGCUCGACUUGUUCCCAGGCACCGACAUCCCUCCGAACGACUACGGAGAGCUGCAAGCCUCUCUCGAAGAGGAAAUUUCACAAGCAGGAUUACAAAAAGUGUCCACGUACGUCACCAAAGUCAUUCAACUGUUUGAUAUCUUCAACGUCCGCUUCGGAGGGACACUGGUGGGUCCAACGGGGGCGGGGAAGACCUCGUGCUACCGAACACUGCAGUCCACUAUGACGUCUCUGCGUGCUAAAGGGUCCAAGAAUCCAGUCUACCAGACGGUCCACGCUCGAGUGCUCAACCCCAAGUGUAUCUCCAUGGGGGAAUUGUACGGAGAGUUCAACGAAGCGACUCAGGAGUGGCACGACGGCUUGGCUUCUACGAUCAUGCGUGAAGCUGUGGCGGACGAGUCCUCGGACGUCAAGUGGACGGUGUUUGACGGACCUAUCGACGCCCUGUGGAUCGAGAACAUGAACACGGUUCUGGACGACAACAUGACGCUGUGUCUCGCCAAUGGAGAGCGCAUUAAGCUCAAGAACGAGAUGAAAAUGCUGUUCGAGGUCAUGGAUCUGGCGGUGGCGUCUCCUGCGACGGUGAGUCGGAUUGGUGUGGUCUACAUGACUGCCGCGGAUCUCGGCUGGAUGCCGUUCGUCCAGACGUGGAUGGAGAGGGAAUUGCCGUCAGAUUUCCCGUCUGAAGGGCUCAAGCGACUCGAGUUGCUUAUCACAAAUUACGUGGACAAAUGUAUCCAAUUUGUGCGUAGAAAGAGCUUUGAGCUGGUCCCGACGGUGGAUAUGAACUUGGCAACGAGUUUGUGUCGCUUGUUUGCGUCUCUCUUCAGUCCUGAGAAUGGCGUGAGGUAUUUAGAAAUGAAGAGCGACGAGAUGCUCGAGCUGCUGGACAAAGUGUUCGCGUUCUCUCUCUUCUGGUCUGUGGGGGCGACGAUGACGAUGGACACGCACGAACAGUUCGACAGCUUCGCGCGCGAGUUGAUGACCGAGGCCAAGCUCAAUAUCCCGAAUGCUGGGCUGGUAUUUGACUACUUUGUGGACAUUGAGCAGACCAAAUUCCGCGCGUGGAGUGAAGUGGUCCCAAAAUUUGUGUACAAUGCCCAAAUUCCGUACUUCAAGAUGACCGUCGCGACGCCAGACUCGGUUCGCUUCACCUUUUUGUUGCGCACUUUAACUGCAGCCAAGCGCCCAGCAUACGUCACGGGCGUCACAGGCACAGGCAAGACGGUAAUUGUCCAGGAUUUACUGCAAGAGCUGACGUCAGGCCCCCUGAUCUCAACUGGAGAUAACGCAGAAAAUGGCGAAAAUUCCUUCGCCCCAGCGUCAAAUUUCAUGACAAUUUUCAUCAAUUUCUCGGCGCAAACGUCGUCGCUAGUGACGCAGAUGACGAUCGAGAAUAAACUCGAAAAGAAGCGUAAAAAUCUACUGGGGCCCGUAGCGGGGAAGCGUAUGAUCAUCUUCGUAGACGACGUCAACCUACCAGCCGUCGAGGAGUACGGCGCCCAAGCCCCAAUCGAAUUAUUGCGUCAAUUUCUGGAUUUCGGUGGAUUUUACGACCGCGAUAAAUUAUUCUGGAAAGACAUUGCAGACACCAUGUUACUGGCAGCUGCGGCGCCCGCUGGAGGUGGGAGAUCGCACUGCACCCCUCGCUUCGUACGCCACUUCCACGUCUUGAGCAUGUAUCCGGCAGGUGAGACGUCUUUGAAGCUCAUUUUUGCAUCAAUUCUUGGAGGUUUUCUGGAGAAAUUCGCUCCAUCUGUAAAGGCCAUGAAAGACGGGAUAAUCUCCAGUGUUAUUGAGAUCUACAACCGCGUGGCACUCGAGUUAUUACCCACGCCGAAUAAAUUCCACUACACAUUUAACCUGCGCGACGUGUCGAAAGUUUCCCAGGGAAUUCUCAUGAUCACGCCGUCCAAAUGUCCCGAUGCAGACUCGAUGAACCGCUUGUGGGUGCACGAGGCCUCCCGCGUGUUCCAAGACCGCCUUAUUAACGCCAGUGACCAAGUGUGGUUCGAAGAGCUCGUGUGCGCUUUACUGCAGCGUUUUUUCAACUGUAGCUGGUCACGAGAGACGCUCUUCCACGCUCCGUGUCCUCUGACUUUCGGCGAUUUCUUCAAACCGGGGACGCCCACGCCCCUGUACGAACACUGCAACGAUGUGGCCAAAGUGACCAAGAUCAUGGACGAUUUCCUGGAGAAUUACAACGUUUCUUUCGCCAAUAAAAUGAACCUCGUGUUCUUCCGAGACGCCAUCGCGCAUUUAUCAAGAUUGGUGCGGAUUCUACGCCAACCUCGAGGCAACGCGAUGCUCAUUGGCGUCGGUGGGAGCGGGAAACAAUCGCUCGCUCGUCUCGGCGCGUUCAUGGUGGAAGCCAAGUGCGUUCAGAUCGAGAUCACGCGCGGAUACGGCACCAACGAGUUCCACGAAGACCUCAAGAAACUCAUGAUCAGUGCCGGCGUGGGGGGCCAGUCCACAGUCUUUCUAUUCACUGACAGUCAGAUUGUCGAAGAGAGUUUCUUGGAAGACAUCAACAAUGUUUUAAACAGCGGAGAAGUGCCCAAUCUCUUCCCUCAGGACGAAAUGGACCGCAUUAUCGCCGACAUGCGACCUAUAGUUAAAGCCAUAGAGAUCCCCGAGACUCGAGACAAUUGCGUUGCCACAUUUAUCGAGCGAGUGCGCAAUUAUCUGCACAUUGUCUUGGCCAUGUCGCCAGUGGGCUCAGCUCUUCGCGUGCGCUGUCGAGCCUUCCCGUCGCUCAUCAAUUGCUGUACGAUCGACUGGUACAUGAACUGGCCGCGCGAAGCUCUGCAGUCGGUGGCUGAUCGACUGCUCGCCGGCGUGUCCUUGCCCUCGGAGGACGUGCGUACAGCGCUCGUCGACAUGUGCUCCAUCGUCCACACAACGUCCAACGACUUCGGCGACGAGUUCCUGUCGCAACUGCAGCGAUACGUGUACACUACGCCCAAAAGUUACCUCGAUCUCAUCGGACUAUACUUGAAAAUGUUACAGGAGAAACGUGCCGUGUUGCAGACGACCAAGAGCCGCAUGGAAGUGGGCGUCAACAAGCUCGAGGAGACCAACAGCAUCGUGGACUCGUUAAAGUCCGAAUUGAUCGAGUUGCAGCCCAUUCUGGCCAAAAAAGCCGUCGAAGCCGAGGAAUUACUCAAGCGCGUGUCAGACGAGGCUACAGUCACCAAGCAGGCCGAAGAAGUGGCAGUCGUCCAGGCUGACGCGCAGAAAGAUCUGGAUGUGGCGAUGCCGGCUCUUAACAACUCGAUCAAAGCUCUGGAUAGUCUAUCCAAGAACGACAUUACAGAGGUGAAGUCCUUCGCGAAGCCUCCGGAGGCUGUCGAGACGGUCAUGAACGCGGUGUGUCUGCUGUUCAACGAGAAGCAAAGCUGGGACUCCGCCAAGAAAAUCCUCAGCGACGUGACGUUUCUGGAUAAACUCAAGAACUUUGACAAGGAUAAUAUCCCCGCGGCGACCUUGAAGAAACUCAGUAAGGCUGUGUCGGAGCCGGGUAUGGCCGUGGAGGUGGUGGCCAAAGUGUCCAAGGCGGCGACGUCGCUGUGUAUGUGGGUGCACGCCAUGGACGUGUACUCGAAAGUGGCCAAGGAAGUGGGUCCGAAAAAGGAAAAUCUGGAACGGAUGAACCAGAAAUUAGCCGAAGCUAACGCGAUUCUGAGCCAAAAACAGGACGAACUGCGCGUCGUCAACGAGAAUGUGGCGAUGCUGGAGAAGCAGUGCAAAGACACUCUGGACGAGAAGGAUAAGCUCGCAAACGACGCGGCGGUGACCGAAAAGCGCCUCGUCCGUGCUGAGAAACUCAUUUCCGGACUGUCAGUUGAAGGAGCUCGUUGGAAAGAGAGUGUGGCGUCCUUGUCGGAGUCGAUUUUGGCGCUUAUUGGGGAUACGUUCCUAGCUGCGGCCUGUAUUUCCUACUACGGGCCUUUUACGGGGGGCUUUCGGCAGCGGAUUGUGGACCAGUGGGUCUCUCAGACUCAGGAACUUCAUAUCCCGUGCUCGUCAGGUUACAGUCUUUCAACUACACUCGGUAGCCCAGUGGAGGUGCGUGAAUGGCAGCUGAACGGGCUCCCCACAGACUCCACGUCAACCGAUAACGCCAUCUUAGUGACUCGAGGCGAGCGGUGGCCGCUGAUGAUCGAUCCACAGGGUCAAGCGAACAAGUGGAUUAAGAAAACCCUAUUUCCAAAUCUAGAAACGACUAAAAUGACCAACGCCAACUUGUUGCGGUCAUUGGAGACUUGUAUCCGGAACGGUAAGGCCUUGUUGAUUGAAGAUAUUGACGAGACGCUGGAGCCGUCGCUAGAGCCAAUCUUACAGAAAGCCAUCUACAAACAAGGCGGACGGGUGUUGAUCCGUCUGGGCGAUUCAGAUGUGGACUACGAUCCCAAUUUUAAGCUGUUUCUGACUACGAAACUUCCGAAUCCGCAUUACCUUCCGGAAGUUUAUAUCAAGGUGACCGUCAUUAACUUCACAGUGACCAUGGAUGGGCUGGAAGACCAGCUUCUAGGCGACGUGGUGCGUCAUGAACGUCCAGAUAUUGAAGAGAAGAAGAACCGGCUGGUUGUGACGAUGGCACAGGAUAAGAAACAGCUUAAGGAAAUCGAAGACCGUAUCCUGAAACAACUCUCCGAGUCUUCAGGAAACGUUCUAGAUGAUCAAGACCUCAUCGACACGCUGCAGUCAUCCAACGUCACGUCUCGUAUCAUUAAGGAGCGUGUUCUAGAAUCUGAAAGCACAGAGAUCGAGAUCAACCGCGCAAGAGAAGAAUACCGCUGCGUGGCUACACGAGGGUCGAUUAUCUACUUUGUGGUCGCCAAUCUCGCGCUAAUCGACCCCAUGUACCAGUACUCGCUGCCGUUCUUCCAGCGUUUAUUCAACAUCUGCUUCGACGAGGCUCCCAAGGCCGACACGUUGCAGAAGCGGCUGACAAACCUCAUCGACUUCCAGACUCGAUACAUCUACGUGAAUAUCUGUCGAGGGCUCUUCGAAGUGCACAAAGUGCUCUUCUCGAUGCUCAUCUGCUGUAAAAUCCUGCUGCAUUCCGGUAAGAUAUCGGCGCGUGAGUGGAGUUUGUAUCUCCGUGGGGCCCCACCAGGUGCCGAUCGCUCGACCCAGCAGCCAAACCCGCAGCCGUCGCACAUCACUGAGGCUCAAUGGGACUUGAUCUCGGAACUGGAGACCGUCGUAACUGGAUAUAUCGAGACUACAGAAGGCGAGAGGACGGAGGUCCAGGCCUUCCAAGGACUCGGUACGUCCUUGACCAAUGUCUGGCCACGUUGGCUAGCUUGGCUCGACGAUCCGAAAUUCCUGUCAAACCCGAAUUCUUGUCCCGGAAACUUCGGAUCAGUACUAAACGCGUUCCAGAAAGUGUUGCUACUGCGAGGAUUAGCCGAGGAGAAAGUGCCUCAGUCGGUGCUUAACAUGAUUUCGGCCGAGAUGGGGGCGGAGUUUGGUCGCAACGCUUCGACGACGAUGGAGGAGAUCUACAACGACACAGACCGUAAGACUCCGUGCAUCUUCGUGCUCUCAGCGGGUGCUGAUCCGACGGGGAUGCUGCUUCGAUUCGCCAAGGAAAUGUCGUUCAUCGAGCGUCUGCAUCUCAUUUCUCUGGGCCAAGGACAAGGCCCACGAGCCGAGAAACUCAUCGAGAGCAGCCAAGGUUCGGGCGACUGGGUGCUGCUGCAGAACUGCCAUUUGGCCAAGUCCUGGAUGCCCAAACUGGAGAAACUGGUGGAAGAUAUGGGCCAGCGGACGGACGAGCAGUGCCAAGCCACGUUCCGUCUCUUCCUGACCAGUUUCCCGGCCGCGUAUUUCCCCGUGACAGUGCUGCAAAACGGCAUCAAACUCACGAACGAGCCGCCCAAAGGAAUCCGCGCGAACCUGCUCCGAUCGUUCAACACGUUGCUGUCCGACGAAGUGCUCGAGAGCUUCCGCUAUCUCGGCAGCUUUGACUCUGGCGAGGCGAAAGAGCACGUGUGGAAGUCGCUGCUUUGUGCACUCACCUUCUUCCACGCGAUCGUCCAGGAGCGACGCAAGUUCGGAGCUCUGGGCUGGAAUAUCAAGUACGAGUUCAACGAUACCGACUUGGAGACGUCACUGGCGAGUCUUCGGAAGUUCUUGGAGGAACAACCGAUCAUUCCCUGGGACGCUUUGCGGUAUGUCACGGGCCAGAUCAACUACGGAGGACGCGUGACGGACGACUGGGACCGCCGCUGUCUUACGAGUAUACUCAGUAACUUUUACACCCCCGACGUGCUGGCUUCGGGCCACGCGUACUCGACGUCGGGUCUGUAUCACGUGCCCAAAGAGCUCUCGCACUCGAGUGUUCAGUCGUAUCUCAGCGCUCUACCAGCUUUCGACAAUCCCGAACUCUUCGGGAUGCACGAGAACGCCAACGUCACAUACGAACGCAACGAAAGCGCCAACAUGAUGCAGUUGAUCUUGAGUCUCGAGCCGCGAGACGGAGGCGGCGGCGGCGGCAAGUCGAACGAUCAGCGAGUUCUAGAUCUGGCCCUCUCUAUUCAAGAACACCUCCCAGCCGACCUCAACGUGAAAGAGGCUGGACCCACGACGUUCAAGACUCGAGACGUGGCUGGGACUGUCGUCAUGGACUCGUUGGCCACCGUCUUGGGCCAAGAAGUCAUCAAGUUCAACACACUGCUGCGACGUAUGCGCUCGUCCUUGAGAGACAUCCAGAAGGCCAUCAACGGCCUCAUCGUCAUGUCCUCAGAGCUGGAUAACAUGUACACUGCCUUCUUGAACGGCAAGGUCCCGCAGCUCUGGUCUUCCGUCGGCUUUGCGUCCUUGAAGCCUCUCGCGUCGUGGGUCCGCGACUUACUCGACCGCGUCUCGUUCUUCCGCCAAUGGCUACUCCAUGGCGAACCGGUUGUGUUCCAGCUUAACGUCUUCUUCUUCCCGCAAGGAUUCAUGACUGGCACCUUGCAGAACUUCGCUCGAAAGUAUCAGACUGCCAUCGACUCGUUGGCCUUCACCUUCACCGUCCUGGACGUCGAGAACGCGCAGCAACUCACUCAGAGCCCCACCGACGGCAUUUACGUUGACGGACUCUGGUUACAAGGAGCCAAGUGGUCUCCGUCGCGUCGUCUCCUUGAAGACGCCAAGCCUGGAGAAAUGUUCUCUGCCAUGUCCAUCGUCCACUUCCUUCCUGCUACUUCAGCGGUGGCAAGUUCCCCCACACUAAGUCCAGGUGUCAUGAUGUACCCAUGUCCAGUGUACAAGACGUCGGUGAGGCAAGGAACGCUGUCGACCACUGGCAUCUCCACCAACUACGUCAUAGCAGUGCAGCUUCCCAGUGAUAAGCCACCCAACUACUGGGUCAUGAUGGGCGCGGCCUUCUUGCUUAACCUGGAUAACUAA